AUGGAUAGAGUACCAACAUUAUCUCAAUCUACGAUUGCAUCACAGAAUAUCAUUCUACCUCCCAACUCUUUGUUUCAUUUGUUUACAAACUUGGCAUCGAAUCAACAACAACAGCAACAGCAACAACAACAACAACAACAACAAUCACAGCAACAACAAAUAGAUGCAAAAGAAGAAGAAAGAGAUUAUACCAAUAUUAUGCUUGAAAUUGACAAGGGCAUUAGAUCGACGAAUCUAGGUGACCAAGUCGAAUCGACACUCUUUUAUGCACACCUCAUCACCUACAAUCCACCUCCUCUUAUCAUCAGCUCCAUCAUUAUCAAGUUGGCAGAUAUAUUUAGAAACACAAACAACAAUCUUGUACGAUACCGUAUACUCAAGGUCUUUCAACAUUGUCCGAGAGAGAUUCAGCGUAUCUCUAAUCUCGAUGAUGUACUCAAAAGAAUACACUCUAUUCUCAAUAGUAACGAUCCUAUAGCACGUGCUAUUGCACUCAGAGUAUUUGCAUCUAUUCCUCUAUUGGUGGCCGACAAGUUGUACAUUCAUCACAGCAUAAGAGCAUGUAUGCAGACACAUGAUGUCGGUGAAGCCGAAGCAACCUUUGAUGUCAUGGAUCGACUAUGCGAAGUGUCUCCCGUCUUUUCAGACAGUAUCAUCGACAAGAUAUACACUAUCAUUCAAUCCGUAGAAACACCACUCCACACCAAACUAAAGUUUACAACCUUGUUUAGACAUAUGCAUCAUAAUCAUCUAAUUUCAAAUCAAUCAAAAGAAAUGUUGAUUGGAUUAUUGGAAUUAUAUCCAUCGGUUGUAUUUGUUGGUGUUGUUUUAGAUACUCUUACAACUCUAACAUUGAAACAUAUCCUCUAUGUAAAUGAUCAUAUCAAGUUUUUGAUGAACUAUCUAACAAACGAUCCACGUAUCAAGGUUAAAAUCGAUGCUAUUCAAUGUCUACAAAGAUUGGCAAAGAAAUUACCUCAUUCAAACUUUCCUCUAGUUGAUUUAUUUAAUGUGUUAUCUCAAACUCCAUAUAAUCAAAUCAAGUAUCAUUGUUUAUCAUUAUUAUUAAUCUUGUCAACAACUCAUUCUCAAAAAAUGAUAAAUAAUACUACUACGAAUAUGAUUCAAAAUGGUGGUGGAAUUGUAGAACCAUCAUCGACAACAAUCAAUGGAUUUAAUUUGUUGUGUGAAUAUAGUCAACAUCCAAACCCAUCAUUAUCACAAGUUUCAAUACAGAUCAUUUCAAAUAUAUUCAAAGAGAUUGAUCAUCCAAACCAAUAUCAGACACAAGUUGACCAAUUUAUCGAUUCUAUUUGUACAUUCUUAUCAAAUGCAACCAAAAAUGGCAAUGACAAAAAGGCAUCAACAACCAAUUUCUCAAAAUUAACAAAAGCUAUAAUUCAAUUGGUACACAAGUAUCCAACUUCUAGUAUACAAAUAACCAAUACUAUUAUUUCAUUUGGUACCAUUUCAAAUGAAUUUAUAGAAAAAUUAUAUCAUUGUAUUUCUAUUUAUUGUAUUUAUUAUAAACAAUCAAUUGUACCAAAUUAUCCAAAAUUAUUAGAUAAUUUGAAAACAUUAUUAAAAGAUACAAAUUCUAAUCAAAGAGAUCAAUUAAAUAUAUCAAUAUUUGUAAUGAUAUUUAGAUCAUUUGAUGAACAAUUUGAUAGAAUUGAAGAAAUAACAACUACUUUAAUAUCGAUUUUAAAUGACCAUUCAGUUGAAAAUAUGCCAAGUUUAAAUUGGUCAUUGUACAAGAUUGCACAACAAGCUCAAGUACAUGGUUUUCAUUCAUUUGCAAAAUAUAUCUACUCUAAACUAUUGACAACUGUAGAAUCAGAGUGUAAUUAUUUUUGGUUAAAAUCAUUAUUGGAAAUUGCAUCUAUUGAAUCCCAAAUAUCAUCACCAAAUUCAAAUAGAUCAUUAUUAUUAUCUUCAUUUAAUAAUAUUAUCAUUUCAAUUAAAGCUAGUAUAACACAAGAUAGAAAUUUAACAUUUCAAGAGAAAUUUAUUGAUCUUCGAGAAAGAUAUAUUUAUAGUUUAUUAAAUUUAAGUCUAUUUAUUAAUCAAAAUAAGAUAUCCCCUUCUACCUCUACUUCAUCUUCAUCUUCUUCUUCGACCAACAUAUCAACAAUUCAAUUAGAAAACAAGAUACAUUAUUUAUUAAAUCUAUCAAAAGAAUUUACAACACUUUAUGGUAUAGUGGUUGGUAAAUCAAUGUCUAAAUCGGCACAAGGCGGUUCAAUUGAACAAAUAGACAAACAAUGGUGUAGAACAAAGUCUAUUUUAUUAUGCUUUUCAAUCUCUUGUAAAUUGGUCAUUUCAAUUGCCAAUCAUAUUUUAAUGGACUCUUAUCAUCAAAUUGGACAACAACCAUCAAUCUUGUUACCCAAGGAUGAAUUAUCGAUUUCCAGCAACAUUGCUCAAAACCAUCAUCCAGUUCAACAAACCAUUCCAUUGUUUCAAAUAUGUCAGUUGAUCCACUCUCAAUUCCAACUACAACUAGAACAACCAAUCGAUCAACAGUCAAUCAAAAAGACAUCAAAUUAUUUGGUUGAAGUGAUUGAUGCAUUGUUAUCAGUUCCUUUGACUUAUCCAGUAUUCUUUUAUCAAUAA